AAAAAAUCGGGCAUUUCCAAUCGACUAGGAACUUUCCUAUUCUGUCUAGUGUGUUCUAAUUCAUAUCCAGUCCUGUCACUUACACAUAGAAUAGCUUCAUAGUUCGGUGUGUGUGUGUGAAUGUCAAUUAAGGACCUUAAUUGCUUUUGCUGGUAAUUAUUGGCUCGUACACAGAAGGUUCCCUUAAUUCAGUCUCUUCCUGUCCAAGUAGUUUGAGUGUCCGUCCAGAGAUUUUUCGUAAGUAUUUCAUUAAUAUUAUAUUACAUUUUUAUAACAUGUAAUUUGUGAAGUAAACAUUUCCGAUGUGACAUAUUUCAUGGUUCCAUCUAACUGUGUGUAGUUAACAUCAAUGAAAUAAACUUAACAGUUUGUUUGUUUUUAAAAUAAAAUUUAAAAAAAAAAAUCUUUAACAUAAUAAAGAAAUAGUUAUUUUUUUUUAGUUAUCUUUGUGUUAUUGAAACAUUAAUUUGGGAAGUAUUUUACACCCACCCUCCUCCCAUAUCUAUGUUACCCUGAACACAUAAUACAAAAGUCACCUUAAACCUACCCCUCAUAAUGUAUGUUUUACCUGUAUCACCCUUUAACCCCCUCCUCCCCCCGCAUAUGCCGUAUUAAACAAUCCUAAUAGGCAUAUAACCCCGAAAGAACAUUUCUUCUCUUUUUACGAAACAAACCCUAACAUCCAUUAUCCAAUCUAUAUCACCUGUAUCACCUGUAUCACCUGUAUCACCUGUAUCACCUGUAUCACCUGUAUCACCUGUAUCACCUGUAUCACCACCUGUAUCACCUGUACCACCUGUAUCACCUGUAUCCCCUGUAUCCCCUGUAUCACCUGUAUCCCCUGUAUCACCUGUAUCACCUGUAUCACCUGUAUCCCCUGUAUCACCUGUAUCACCUGUAUCCGCUGUAUCCCCUGUAUCACCUGUAUCACCUGUAUCACCUGUAUCACCUGUAUCCCCUGUAUCACCUGUAUCACCUGUAUCCCCUGUAUCCCCUGUAUCACCUGUAUCACAUGUAUCACCUGUAUCCCCUGUAUCACCUGUAUCCCCUGUAUCACCUGUAUCACCUGUAUCACCUGUAUCACCUGUAUCACCUGUAUCACCUGUAUCACCUGUAUCCCCUGUAUCCCCUGUAUCACCUGUAUCACAUGUAUCACCCGUAUUACCUGUAUCACCUGUAUCACCUGUAUCCCCUGUAUCACCUGUAUCCCCUGUAUCACCUGUAUCACCUGUAUCCCCUGUAUCACCUGUAUCCCCUGUAUCACCUGUAUCCCCUGUAUCACCUGUAUCACCUGUAUCCCCUGUAUCACCUGUAUCACCUGUAUCACCUGUAUCACCCUUCCUAUUUUAUGUCACCUGAAACACACUUACUCUCUAUGUUACCUUAAACACACCUUCUGGUCUGUGUCUCUUUAGACAACCCCCUCCCCCACCCAAAUCAAACACACACACACACACUCACACACACACACAGCUGACAUGCACUUGCAUGAAGGCAGUAAUAGUUGACUGAACGGAGUCUUAAUGACCUCGCCAGGUGACACAACAGUUGCAGGCCGCUCAAUAACUGUUGUGAGAGGGUUAAAGUUGGGAACUUAGAGAUACGUGAUAAGAUAUGGAUUAAUGACGUCUGCUUGUCAAAACGUGUAGCUGUGUACAGUGAUGUGUACUGUGGUGUGUACGCCCGCGUGUAUAGUGGUAUGUAAAGAGGUGUGUACAGUAGUGUGUAUAUUAGUGUGUGUAGCCUUGUGCGCAGAGGGACAGCGGGGAGUAGUACUUUUAAAAAGUCACGGAAAAUAUCAACGUUUCUUACACUGAUUCCUUUAAUUAAAUGUCUAAGAAAGUGUCCACUUGGAUUAUGUGGUCUGUGUCUCACCACGCCAAUGAUUCCCCGGUAAGCUUAGCCUCACCACGCCAAUGAUUUCCCGGUAAUCAUAGCCACGCCACACCACUUAUUUCCAAGUAAUCUUAACCCCACCACGCCAAUGAUUCCCAAGUAAUCUUAGCCUCACCACGCCAAUGAUUCCCAAGUAAUCUUAGCCCCACCACACCACUGAUUCCCAAGUAAUCUUAACCCCACCACGCCAAUGAUUCCCAAGUAAUCUUAGCCCCACCACGCCACUGAUUCCCAAGAUAUCUUAACCCCACCACGCCAAUGAUUUCCAAGUAAUCUUAGCCCCACCACACCACUGAUUCCCAAGUAAUCUUAACCCCACCACGCCAAUGAUUCCCAAGUAAUCUUAGCCCCACCACACCACUGAUUCCCAAGUAAUCUUAACCCCACCACGCCAAUGAUUCCCAAGUAAUCUUAGCCCCACCACGUCAAUGAUACCCCAGUAAUUUUAGCCUCACCACGUCAAUGAUCCACAUGUUGUUUAAUUUUUUUUUUUUAAAAUACAAUUUUAUUUUUUAAACCUGUAUUUCAAAGCCUUUUUUAAAUCCACCUGCCCAGGUCUCACACAGCUAACAUUACAUGAACAGCUUAACUUUGUCACACAUUUGAUGGUUUGUCAAAUUACACGUUCGUACGAAAUUUGUUGUUAUUAAAUAUUUGUAAAAAAAAACAAAAACAAAAACUAAGAAUGGGUAAUGAUGAAGAUUGUUUUAAAUGGCCCUCUCUAUUUUGAAUCUCAAAUCUUUUUUUAGUUAGUUUAAAAAAAAAAAAAAAAAAAAAUUAAAUCAGAGUACAUCUAAAUUUAUUUUUGACUAAAUAUUUUAAAAAAAAAAAAAAAAAAAAAACUAAGAAUGGGUAAUGAUUAAGAUUGUUUUAAAUGGCCCUCUUUAUUUUUAAUUUCAAAUCUUUUUUUAGUUAGUUUAAAAAAAAAAAAAAAAAAAAAUUAAAUCAGAGUACAUCUAAAUUUAUUUUUGACAUGCCAACCAGAGUUGCUGAUACACGUUCGGACCUGCCGUGUGUCAUCGGACCUUUACGGGGAAAAAAUGUCCCCAGCAUAAACCAAUGGCGACCGCUCUAAAAAGUAAGACUACCGAGGCGCAGAAUUACGGGAAACUCCGAAGUGAUUGCCUGAGAAAGAAAGAGCUAUUUACAGAUCCCAAGUUUCCAAACAACGGGGCGUCGCUCUACUACAGCCGCUCUGCCCCUGCGGACAUCAUUUGGAAGCGACCCAAGGUAGACCUUUGUCAAUCUUAAUAUUAUUGAAAGAAAACUAUCAAAUGUAUGGGUAAAUCGUUUCUCACCCCAUCCAUACAAGUGACCCACAUCCAUACAAAUGACGCACAUCCAUACAAAUGACGCACAUCCAUACAAAUGACGCACAUCCAUACAAAUGACGCACAUCCAUACAAAUGACGCACAUCCAUACAAAUGACUCAGGUCCACAAAAAUUACCCACGACCAUAAAAAUGACCCACUGUCAUAAACAUGACGCACAUCCAUAUAAAUGACUCGCGUCUAUAAAAAUGACCCACUGCCAUAAAAAUGACCAACUGUCAUAAAAAUGAGCCACUGUAAUAAAAAUGAUCCACUGUCAUAAAAGCGACCCACUGUCAUAAAAAUGACCCACUGUCAUAAAAAUGACUAACUGCCAUAAAAAUGACCAACUGUCAUAAAAAUGAGCCACUGUAAUAAAAAUGAUCCACUGUCAUAAAAGCGACCCACUGUCAUAAAAAUGACCCACUGUCAUAAAAAUGACUAACUGUCAUAAAAAUGACUCACUGUCACAAAAAUGAGCCACUGUAAUAAAAAUGAUCCACUGUCAUAAAAGCGACCCACUGCCAUAAAAAUGACCCACUGUCAUAAAAAUGACCCAGUAUCAUAAACAUGACCAGACUUUUCUCUUCCCCCCCACCCACCCCCCCCCACCCCACCCCCCUCCCAGGACAUCGUUGAGGACCCGAAGUUCUUCGUCGACACAAAAAUUAUUGUCCCCCCCACCCACCCCCACCCCACUCCACCCCCCUCCCAGGACAUCGUUGAGGACCCGAAGUUCUUCGUCGACACAAAAAUUAUUGGUGAAUUUUCUCAAGGCGAGCUGGGCAACUGUAGCUUUGUUGCCGCCUGCGUAUGUUUGGUCAAGAAUAAAUCAUUAUGGUGUAAGGUAAGGGGACUUGACAGUUAUAAAAUACGAUUCAUAAUUUUUUAAUUAUUUUUUUAAAUUAACAAUUUUAAUUCCUUUUGUUACAGUGAUAUUUUUAGUCCAAAAUGUAAGAACACUGAAUUUUUCCCACCCACGUUUUCAGCGAGUUAGGGAAAGAUCCUGAGAUGUUAUAUCAACGGGACGUUCAUGAUAAUGAGAUGUUAUAUCCACGGGAUGUUCAUGAUAAUGAGAUGUUAUAUCCACGGGAUUUUCAUGAUAAUGAGAUGUUAUAUCAACGGGAUGUUCAUGAUAAUGACAUGUUAUAUCCACGGGAUGUUCAUGAUAAUGAGAUGUUAUAUCAACGGGACGUUCAUGAUAAUGAGAUGUUAUAUCCACGGGAUGUUCAUGAUAAUGAGAUGUUAUAUCCAUGGGAUGUUCAUGAUAAUGAGAUGUUAUAUCAACGGGACGUUCAUGAUAAUGAGAUGUUAUAUCAACGGGACGUUCAUAAUAAUAAGAUGUUAUAUCAACGGGACGUUCAUGAUAAUGAGAUGUUAUAUCAACGGGACGUUCAUGAUAACUGACAUGGUAUUUGUUUGAUUUAUAAAACCAAUUUUUCCCCAUUGGUAUAAAUCUAGACUUAGCUAAUCUCACUGCCACUCACUCCGAUUAGUUUGAGUUUGGAUCAAUAACUUUGAGUUAGAAAACUUUAUUUCUCUCAGUGGUAUAAAGCUAGACUUAAAAAAUCUCACUGCCACUCCCUGAGAUUAGUUUGAGAAUUAAUCAAUAUUUUUGAUUGAGAAAACUUUGAUUUUUUCUCAAUAGUAUAAAGGUAGACUUAAACAAUCUCACUGUCACUCACUGAGAUUAGUUUGAGAAUGGAUCUCGAAGCGUGGGUAUUGAUGACAAACUUAAAUUAGAUUUAGGAAGCAUUUAUAGAGAAGUCAGUGGUUAAAUUAUAUGUAUUUGCAUCAAACUGAAGUACGCAUGCGUGACAGUAGAAACAUACACUCUUGGUGUAUAAAGCAGUGUUCAAUGUAAUAUUCUUGACAUGCAGGUUGUUCCUGAUCACAGGUCCCAAGUUUUCUCUCCGUCAUCAAAAUAUGCAGGUGUGUAGCUCACUUGUUUCAUUGUUAUGGUGUACACUCUUAGAAAAAAUGAAUUGUGAAGUUAAUUUUCUUUUUUUUUUUUAGCGAUAUGUAUUUUUAUUUAUGUAUUGACUGUUACGUCCUUUCGUAAUCAGUUUAUAUGAACCACUAACACCAGGCAUUUCUACAUACAAUUAUGUAUUGAUUACAUGGGAUAAUCAAAUGGGAUAAUCAAAUUCACCUUUAAAUAAGUUUCAUUACAUUAAGAUACUUCUAUGCAGAGGCGUAGCGAGGGUGUUUGGUAUCCGGGGACAAGAUCCAUAUUAAAGCGCCCCUUUUUCUUUUUUUCAACUCGCAAACCCAUUAUUUUCAUCAAUAAAAUAAUAUCAAAGCACAUUUUGGCGCCCUUAACUAGCUGGCGCCCGGGGACAUCUGUCCCCCUCCCCACCCCCUAGCUACGCCUCUGUUUCUAUGUUGAGCAGAAAUCUAUAUGCUUUAAACAUAUUUUAUUAUGUCCUAAAAAACAAGUCCAUGUCUAGAAAUGCAACAUGUGUCUUCCGCUAGGCAUCUUCCAUUUUAAAUUCUGGAGUUGUGGGUCCUGGGUGGAUGUUGUGAUUGAUGAUUAUCUCCCCACGAAAGACGGUCGACUCAUUUACACGCAUUCCAACUCAAGAAACGAGUUUUGGCCGGCCUUGUUAGAGAAAGCUUACGCCAAGUGAGUGAUGCUUUAAGUAGUUAUUUAUUUAAAUUAUCUUACGUCAAUUGAACGGUUCAUUACAGAGUUAUUGAUUCAAAUUACCUUACGCCAAGUUAGUGGUUCCAUCAUAGUCAUAGAUUCAAAUUAGCUUACGUCAAGCGAGUGGUUAUAUCAUUGUUAUUGAUGCGAAUUAACAGACGAAUUGUUCCUUCAAAUCUUCGCUUCAAACUAGGAAAUGAGUUGUUCACUCACAUUCUUGAAAUAAAACUAACGUAUGGUUAAAGUUUUCCAUGUUGUAAGUUACGUGGAAAUGUUCCAAGCAUUAAAUUCUAUUACAUUUCCAUGCGUAUAUUUAAUACCUGAGAUCAGCUCUUGUCAUUUUAUGUUUCUUUCGGGUGAAAAUUUGUUUAUAAAACACACAAUUCUUAGUUAAAUUAAUUAUUCUGCAGAUGCUGAAGGCAUAAUUUAGACAUCUGUGAUUGUGUUUUUGAUGUGUCUUAGUCCUUUAGGAUUCCAUGCGUGACCAUGCUACUUUAAUUUUUAUAUUUAAUUAUGUAAUUUCUUAAUGCUCAAUACACGAUUAGACAUAGAUCAUGGGCAUUUUUAAACUUAAUAUCGACGAUAUCGUUAAUUCUGUAAACUCAUCUACGGCAGCUGUUCAAGUUGAUCGUGACAACUAAUCUAUGACCGCUUUUCAAGUUAAUCGUGACAACUAAUCUAUUGCAGCUGUUCAAGUUAAUCGUGACAACUAAUCUAUUGCAGCUGUUCAAGUUGAUCGUGACAACUAAUCUAUUGCAGCUGUUCAAGUUGAUCGUGACAACUAAUCUGUUGCAUCUGUUCAAGUUGAUCGUGACAACUAAUCUGUUGCAGCUGUUCAAGUUGAUCGUGACAACUAAUCUAUUGCAGCUGUUCAAGUUGAUCGUGACAACUAAUCUAUUGCAGCUGUUCAAGUUGAUCGUGACAACUAAUCUAUUGCAGCUGUUCAAGUUGAUCGUGACAACUAAUCUGUGGCCGCUGUUCAAGUUGAUCGUGACAACUAAUCUAUUGCAGCUGUUCAAGUUGAUCGUGACAACUAAUCUGUGGCCGCUGUUCAAGUUGAUCGUGACAACUAAUCUGUGGCCGCUGUUCAAGUUGAUCGUGACAACUAAUCUGUGGCCGCUGUUCAAGUUGAUCGUGACAACUAAUCUGUGGCCGCUGUCAAAGUUAAUUGAAACAACGAACGAUCCCAUUGCACGCUUGGGUGAUUAACAAAGAAAACUUCAAAUUCGAAACCUCCGGUUGCCAGUUUCAAGCCAAUCAAAGUCCUGGGAACUUUAAGACAGUUUAACUUUUUUAAUGUCUAGAUACAAUUUUACACAAUAAUUAUAUUACCAGUUCUAGCAUUUAUUGACGUCAUAAUUUCAAUCUAUUAAAAUAUUCCCCCAAAACCAGGUUGUUUGGAAGCUACGAGGCUCUGACGUCUGGCAAGGCCAGGAAUGCCAUGGUUGAUUUGACCGGAGGGAUAGGCGAAGACAUAAAGAUGGAAGAUUUCAAAACCAUGGCGGAAAAGGAUCGACUCUACAGGAGGCUGCUGGACGCCAAGGCGAACGGUGCUCUCAUUUGUGCCAGUAUCAAAGUAAGUAAUCUGUUAUAGACACGGACCAUGGGGAGUUCAAUUAAGUACACAGUUGUAAACAAAGAACAUUGGGAAGUUAGUGUCAAGAGCAGAGACCGAACGAAAGGGAUUUUCUGAUUGCGGCCAAAGCCGAAAAUAGGCCGAAAGUUUAAAAUGACUUUCAGCCAAAACCGAAAAUAGGCCGAAAGUUUAAAAAUGACUUUCGGCUGAAACCGAAAAUGAAAUAUUUAGAAAUUUUGAAAUUCGUUCCCCCAUACAUUCUGUAUACAUCGAAAAUGAUUGGGGAAAGUAUAAAUAUUUACAUACUUUUUAUAAAAAAUGAGAUAAUCGUGAAUAUUAAUAAAUAAACAUCUAAUAUAGGGGUCUCAAACUCGCGACCCGCGAGCCAUUUGUGACCCGCAAGACGAUAUUUUGCGGCCCGCUACAUGAAAAAAAGUUUAGUGUAAAUGCGCCAGCGCGUUUUCCCCAUUUUCGUAUCUCUAGCCUGACUCUCCGCGACGGUUUCAGUUGAAUCUCAGCGACUCGUCUAAUUCUGAUUUUUAAAAAAUGUUUCUGUAUAUGUUUGUAUUAUGAUUAUAGUGGUAAGAACCGUUUUAAAAUCGGAAUAAAAGUUUUUAUUUAAUAGCUUUUUAUGAGACAAACAUGUCACAGAGUGCGGCUUUGAGAAAAGUUUUUAAAAGUAAGUUGGCGGGUAAUGCACAACCAUAAUUGUGUAAAUCGUAGCAAUCUGAUACAUUAUCAAAGGAUCCCUAUUAAAAUUGCCGCUAGUGUUUACGAGUGAGGGAAAUUCCAAUCAUGUCACCUUGGUCACUUUAAAAAUCUUCUUCUUAUGCCUUUUUACCCAGCCUGGGUCUCUACAUUUUUUAGACUUAAAACACAGACAUUUCAGCUGUGUGCUGACCCUUUCUCUUUUAAUGUACAAGAUGCCCGCCUGGGGAGCUAAAUGAAAAAAAUAGACAAGCAUGGAAAUUUUAUUGCAUUGCCCUCCACCUUCCCUGAAAUUUUUAGGUUGUUCAAGCGGAUCAUACGACUUUUUGAGAGAACCUAUCUGUAUGAAUAGCUCUUUUCUAGUAUGCACUUUAACAAGUCAAAGUUCAGGGCCAAUCUUACUGAUGAGGAUCUUCAAGCUAUACUGAGAGUCUUGGUUGCUUCCUCACUGAAGCCAAAGUUGCUCAGCUGUGUAAAAAAAACGCUGCCAGGUCCCUGACAACAGUGAGUAGGUGGAAGAAAGUGAAGCCUAGUUCUUGAGAACACUUAAUGUUUUUAUUGUUGUUUAUAAAGGUUGAGUAGAUUGUAACAGUUGUAAUCGCUUUUUUGUGGAAUACUUUAUGCGGCCCAGUCUCACUCAGACCCUACCUCCUGCGGCCCUCCUGAUGAUUUGAGUUUGAGACCUUUAUCUAAUGAAUACUUUGUGUUUUCAUUAAUAUCUUGCAAGAUAUCAAUAUAUUAAUAUUCAACCUAGCAACAACAUACUAGUCUUUCCGUGCUGGUGAUGUAAUUAUUUUGUUUGGAGACUAACCUCCCUCACCCCCAGUGGCGGUGAAAAUUAUUUUUUUAAACCGGGUCUCUUAAAAUUGUUGUUCUGAUCAUAGUUCUAAAAGAUCGCUUAAUUUGUUCUUAAAAGUCGCUUUAUUUUUUUUUAAAGAUCGUCUAGAUGGUUGUUAAUGAUCGGUAAGUUUGUUCUUAAAGAUCGAUGAGUUUACUCAAAACGAUCGUUUAGUUUGUUCUAAAAAAAUCCCUUAGUUUAAUCUUAAUGAUCGCUUAGUUUGUUCUUAAAGAUCACUUAAGUUGUUGUUAAAGAUCGUUCAGUUUUUUGUUAAUGAUCGCUUUAUUUGUUCUUAAAUAUCGGUUAGUUUGUUCAUAAAGAUCGCUUAGUUUGUUGUUAAAGAUCGUUAGUUUGUUCUUAAAGAUUGCUUAGCUGGUUGUUAAAGAUCGUUCAGUUUUUUUUUGUCAAUGAUCGCGUUAUUUUUUCUUAAAGAUCGGUUAGUUUGUUUUUAAAGAUCGCUUAUUUUGUUGUUGAAGAUCACUUACUUUUUUCAUAAAAAUCGCUUAGUUUGUUCUUAAAGAUACUUAUUUUGUUUCUUUAGAUCGAUUAGUUUGCUCUUAAAGAUCGUUUAGUUUAUUCUCAUAAAUCAUUUAGUUUACUAUAGAGAUCAUUUGUUUUGUUCUUAAAGAUAUUUAGUUCGUUCUUAAAAAUCGUUUAGUUUGUUCUUUAAGAUCGUUUAGUUUGUUCUUUAAGAUCGUUUAGUUUGUUCUUGAAGAUCGCCUAGUUUGUUUUAAAUAUCGUUUAGUUUGUUCUCAAAUAUCGUUUAGCUAGUUCUCAAAGAUCGCUUAAUUGGUUCUCAAAGAUCGCUUAGUUUGUUGUUAAAUAUCGCUUUCGCUGAGUAUUAGAUGACCGAAAACCUCAGUCACUUUCGGCCGGAUUGCCGAAAGUCUAAGUCAAUUUUGGCCGAAACCGAAAGUUACAUUUUCUAUUUCGGCUGAACUGAAAUUAAGCCGAAAGUUAACUUUUCAGUUUCGGCCGAAACCAAAACUUGUCCGAAAGUGAUAAAAUGGCAACUUUCGGCGCCGAAACCGAAGCCUAAAUUCGGUCGGUCUCUUGUCAAGAGUAAAGAGUAGACAAGGCACAUUGGGAGUUAAAGGAACCUCUCAAUAGUAGGCAAGGCACAUUGGGAGCUAAUUGAAGUUUUCAAUAAUAGGCAAGGCACAUUGGGAGCUAAAGGACGUUCUCAAUAGUAGACAAGGCACAUUGGGAGCUAAAGGACGUUCUCAAUAGUAGGCAAGGCACAUUGGGAGUUAAAGUAAGCACUCAACAGUAGACAAGGAACAUUGGGUUUAUGCGAGGAAUGUGGUUAAUUGCUCUUAUUGCAUUUUUUUUAAAACCUCUGUUGUAUAUUGUGCGGAUCAUUCAAUGACACAUGUAUAUAUGUACACUACCAGUCAAUUUCACUUAAAUCCCAAAUGUACACUAGUCAAGGGCCAUUAGUUUUCUCAGGGAUCCCAAAUGAAGAGCCCUCUCUUUCUCUUGGAACCUACUGAAGAUCCCCAUUAGCCUCAUCUGGAAUCGUGUGCAGCCCUACACAUUUUCUCACACAAUUUCAACAUCAUUUUCCUUUUCAUUUUACAUCGGCAAAUGAGCUCUGGAAAUAUUAACGCCAUAGAAAGUGAUUUCUUACAUUGAUAGCCCACAGUGACUGCUUACAUUGACUGACAACAGUGAUUGCUUACAUUGAAUGACUACAGUGAUUGCUUACAUUGACUGACAACAGUUAUUGCUCACUUUGACAGACAACAUGGAUUGCUUACAUUAAUUGACAAUGACGAACUUGAAAAUAAAAAAAAUAUCAAUCCUCCUCAUCCUCAUGUCCCUUAGUCCUUGGCCGUUGGGGCGCGACAGAUUACAUGUGAACCAUCCUCCUCCAUUCCUCUCUGACUUCAGCACUACGCACUGCAUCACCCAGGGUUAGUCCUGUCCACUCUUUGAUGUUAUCCUCCCACCUUCUUCUUUGUCUUCCUCUUCUUCUCCCUCCUCUCGUUGUGCCCUGCAAUAUUUCUUUGGCAAGCCCUUGUUCCCUUGUUACGUGGCCGUACCAUUGUAGUUUGCGUUUUUUCACAGUCACCAGUAGGUCAUCGUACUCCCCAAUAGCCUGACGAACCCUUUCUUUCACUGUAUCAUUGGAGAUAUGGUCCCUAUAGCAGAUGUCCAAAAUGCAGGACUCGCAGGCAUACAGGAAAAUGGAAAGGGCUAAUAAGCGCAUCAGCCUGAUUUUGGUGCUGGGGCUAUAUUUUUGUCGUUCCAUAUUUUCUUGAGCCUCAUUAGUGCUGUUGUAGUUUGUGCAAUCCUGAACAUCAGUUCGGGCUUGGAGCCUUCUUCUAAGACUACUGCUCUUAGGUAUUUGAAGCGGCCGACAGUUUCUAAUCUUUCCUCCUCGGCCUAAAUUUCAGUAGUGAUGCCUUCGGUAUUAUUUGUCAUCAGUUUUGUCUUCUCGGCACUGAUUAGCAUGCCGUAGGACGACGGGGUCUUAUCGAGAGGUUUUACCAGGUCAGCUAGCUCGUCUUCUUUCCCAGCCAGCACGUCUAAUGUCGUCCGCAAAGCGUAGGUUGGUGAUUGUUCUGCCACCAAUGCUGACUGUCCCUUCAUGCGCUUCCAGAGCAUCUGACAUAAUUCUCUCUAGGAAGAUGUUGAAUAGGGUGGGGGAGAGCAGGCUGCCUUGUCGUACUCCAACCGUGGUCUGGAACCAUUCUCCGAUGUUGUUGUUGAGGAAUACUGCACUGGUGGUUGCAUAAAAUAUCAAUAGUUGACCUAUUAAAAAUUCUCUGUCCACGUUCAGUUAUUUGACAUGUUAUGAUGUUACACACAGGCCAACAAUGCGUCAGAGAGGGAGGCCAAACUCAGCGUCGGCCUCAUCCGUGGACACGCCUACAGCUUGACACAGGUCAAGAGGAUCCAUCUGAAGGGGUCGAGGUCCCUUUGGAAUAAAAAAAAUGACAAGAUUGCCAUGGUCCGGUUGAGGAACCCUUGGGGUCGGGAUGAUUGGAAAGGAGCCUGGUGUGAUGGGUAUGAUGUGUUUAUCUUUAGAGCUAAAGAUUGUUCUUUUUCACAAGAAUGGCAUAUCUUAUCCAAGAAAUAAAUAUAUUUGUCCAAAAUUAAUUUUAUUUUCUUUGAAUAAUAAUUGCUACUUUGGAUAAGAAACAAUUCUUUGGUUUAUUUUUUUAAGAACAUUUUAGAAAUUCCUUGUGGAAAAUUUCUUUAAAAAGAUUUUUUUUAUUUUAAUUUCUUUUUAAAUAGCUUAAAAAAUUAAAAAGAAAAAGAAAUAAAACUAUAACUGAAUAAAGCAAUAUUUUAUUCUCAUACAAUAAUCUGACCAAUGAGAUGUCAUAUACCAUUAUGCAUCUCAGAUUAAAAAUUGUCUAAGAUACAUAUUUUACUUAUUUUUUUUUAAAAAUGUACUUGUAAUAAUGUUUUUCUCUCUGCAGGUCCCCUGAUUGGGAUAAGGUCAACGCGUCCGAUCUGAAGAGCAUGACCUUGAAGAAAAACUAUGAUGGAAAGUUUUGGUAAGUGUUCAUUAGGAAACUGUCCACAAAACAAUAUCGUGCAUGCCAACCUGGGCGUAACUUGCUCUUUUUACUGCCGUAUAUCUUAGAUUCUAUUUAAAUGUUUUCGUCAAUGACGGAGCGUUCAAAAAUAAAAUAAUAAAAACAUUUUACUUGUCCGUGAACACGGCAACUAUUUUUCAGUUCGGGGCGGUUCCAAAAUUAUGUUUUUGUGUUCUAAACUCGAUUCCAUUGAGUUGAGCAGUGCUAGUUAAAACAGAAACAAUAAUAUAUAUAUAUAUAUAUAUAUAUAUAUAUAUAUAUAUAUAAAUAUAUUUAUAUUUAUAUGCAUCUCAAAUUAAAUAAUUUAUUUCCUUUAAAUUAGCGGUAUUGUUAUCAAAUUAUAUAUAUAUAUAUAUAUAUAUAUAUAUAUAUAUAUAUAAAUAUAUUUAUAUUUAUAUGCAUCUCAAAUUAAAUAAUUUAUUUCCUUUCAAUUAGCGGUAUUGUUAUCAAAUCCUUGUUUGCUUAUUUGCUCAUUUUCCUCCGAAGAUAUUUUUUUUUUUUUUGUAGGUCGUAGCUCGAAAUGUUUUUAAAUAUUCCAUGAAUGGAAUUAGAAUGAACACGGAAAUAAAACGGCGUAAAUGAUUUAUUUAAUUACACGGAUAUGAAGAAGAGCGCAAAUGACGUCGUGGAUUAGGACGACACCAUUGACACUGAUAGUACCCAAACGUUGCUAAAAACUUACAAAAGGCUGUGAACAUUGCGAGAAACAUGACAUACAAUAAUACAAUGAUACACAAAUUGCAAAGUUUGGCUCUAAAAAUCAAAAUUAAAAUGUUUUUUUUUUUGUUUUUUUUUUUCCUUGGGGGGUCCAACAGGAUGUGUUUUGAUGAGUUCUGUCAAUACUUCACUGACGUUGACAUCUGUCACGUGCUGAACAUGAACUUCUUCACGUUGAGGAAACCGUGGAAAGAACGGGUUGUCACCGGAAGCUGGUCUAAGAGUUUGAAGAGGGCAGGGGGCUGUGGGAACAACAAUACGUUUUUGGAGAAUCCUCAGGUCGGUGCCGUUAGAGCAGUGGUUCUCAACGUUCCUAAUGAUGUGACCUUUUAAUACAGUUCCUCAUGUUUUGCUGACCCCCCCCCCAACCAUAAAACUAUUCUCGUGGCUACUUCAUAAAUAUGUGUUUUCCGAUGUUCUUAGGCAACUCCUGCGUAAGGGUCGUUCGACACCAAAAGGAGUCACAACCCACCGGUUGAGAACCUUUGUGUUAGAGCAUAAAGAUUAGUGGGUCAAAAAUGUUUUUGCUUUCUUUUCAAAUUUGAGAUAAACAAGGAAAUUUUAAAGUAAAAUAAAGUAAAUAAUUUUUUGUUAAAUAUUAUUUUUUUUUAUAUUUGAUGUUGUAAUAUUAUUUUUACUGCGUGGCUAGAAAGAUAUAAGGCAAUCGUAAAUUGAGAUUUAAAAACAUUGAAAUGAUUUUAUCAGCUAGUUUAAAAAUAGUAUUGGUUGUUUUUUAUCUUGUCACAAAGGUUUUGUCCACAAAUUCGUGAGAUGAAUGAAUUAUUAAAACAAAAAUUGAAAUAUUUUGACACGCCAACUUUCUGUAUUAAUUAAGAUCCAAAAAAAAAGGUGGUGGUGGUGGGGGAUAUUAUUUCUGCAAAGAAUGGCAGAAAUUUUUUUGCAUCAUUUAAUUUUAAAGACCAAACGAAAAUAUCUAAAUAUGAAAACUAGAUGAUGCAGAUGAGCACGAUUAAUGAUUGUAUAUGCAUGAAAGCAAUUAGGUGUCGUGGGGCGAAAUAGGGCGAAAUAUACAAUUCCCGAAUUUUACAGAAAUAAUCUUCAUUUAAAUAUCCAGAUGCCGAGUUCUUUACAAUGUCACUAACGUUAAUCAGGUAAUCAGGUGGCGCUGAUUUCAUUAAAAUAGCAUUUCCUACAACUGAGCUCAUUGAGAUUCUUACACCAACCAUAAGUGCAGGUGGUGCGUAGUAUUUUCUUUUAUUUUACGAAAAAUAGUUGGUGUAAAAAAGGGGGUCGGUGCAUUAUAAUAUUAAUGAAGUUCAUGUGCGAUGACGUACCUGGUUGGGGGGGGGGGGCUAGCUCUAAUUGGGAAUCUUUUAAAGUGCGUUACUUGAAUGAAUGUUUUGUCAAGUAACUUUAGUAGUUGGACUUAUGACGUAUCUCGGCCGCCAUUUUUUUCUCUUCGUGCCAUUACUAGUCAAUGUAAUGUGUAGCCGAUCCACACUGUAGCCGAUCCACACUGUAGCCGAUCCACACUGUAUACUGACGACGACGUAAAAAAGCUGCAGCCGUGUGGCGGCGUGGCUUACACAGUUUAAAUACAACACAAUCACUGAAACAGGUCUAAGGUCUAAGAACUAUAGCUUUAUUCUUAGGUACAAUCCGUGGAUAGUAAAAUCUCUCACACAAACCUGUCAAAUGUACUCACUCAGUAUCAGACACGGCUGAGUACUCGUACACAGCUCAGAAAGUCACACACCGGGUUUAAAUCCCCCCCCCCUUAUAUCGUCACGAUAGCGUCCACGUCAUGAGCUGUUUCCCCCCAGUCCCCAUGUGGGACAGGUCUCCCGUGGGACAGAGGUAUGCCACGCUCAGUGACUGUGUACAUGGAAAAGAAAAACCCCAUAGGUGGCACCGGACAAAACGUAGGUGGCACCCAUCUACAUACAAAGAAAUGAUACAUAAAACAAAAUGUGGCACAUUGCCACAUAUGAAAACCCCAUCGCUCAACAUUAUGAAGCCAACAGAACCUCAAAUAGUUGUUCAUAUUUCUCUCAAGGGUGUUGUUGAUUAAAAAGUUAGAGAUAGGGUCGUAGAUAUCAUGUUUAUAUCGUAGAUAUCGCUUACACAGGGUUAAACAGAAAGCUGGUUAUAAUUUCAUGUUCAUCGCAGUUUGUUGUUGAGAUUCACAAAGACGAGCAGGAACUGACGAUCUCCCUCGAGCAAGAGGACAGGAGGUCACGGCGAGAAGAGAGUCACUCCAUCGGUGUAUCGGUGCAUCAGGUAAGCUAUACGCUUCGGUUUUAUCAGGUAAACCAUAUUCUUUGGUAUUAUGAGGUAAUCUAUAUGCGGUUGUAUUAUCAGGUAAACUAUAUUCUUUGGUAUUAUCAGGUAAUCUAUAUUCUUUGGUAUUAUCAGGUAAUCUAUAUUAUUUGGUAUUAUCAGGUAAUCUAUAUUCUUUGGUAUUAUCAGGUAAUCUAUAUUCUUUGGUAUUAUUAGGUAAACCAUAUUCUUUGGCAUUAUCAGGUAAUCUAUAUUCUUUGGCAUUAUCAGGUAAUCUAUAUUCUUUGGCAUUAUCAGGUAAUCUAUAUUCUUUGGCAUUAUCAGGUAAUCUAUAUUCUUUGGCAUUAUCAGGUAAUCUAUAUUCUUUGGCAUUAUCAGGUAAUCUAUAUUCUUUGGUAUUAUCAGGUAAUCUAUAAUGCUUAGGUUUUCUCUUCAUUAUACAGUUUCUGAAAGUCUGCGUCGUCAAAAAGGUGUGGAUGAUUUCAACACUAUCUUGAUAACUGUUGCAGUCGACACGAAUACUUAAGAUUAAGUCUUUUGAAAUAAUUCCUAAGAAGCAGACGCGCCGCCUACGUCGAUAUUUAAUCUCUAGGUGCGUCAAGUUUGCAAAAUAAAUUAAAACACAACACUCUGUUCACAUGCAAUGAGAAAAGCUAUUCAUCACUAUUUUUUUCGCACCGCGCACAGGAAAGACCUUCAUUUUUGUGCGCCAAUAAAAAACUUACAUUAAACUUUCAUACCCGACCUGGCCGCAGCGCAAAGUCUUCAUUUCUUUUAUGGGUAAAGUUCAUAUAAGAAAAAAACAACAACAACACGAGCGCGGAUCUCUAGAUCCAAGCAUUUCUCAUCAUGGCCCGAGAUUGCUUUCCUUCCACCUGACAUAAUCCCAGUAACACAUCUUUCCAAAAAAACAUUGCACAAAAUCUUCAUAUCUACGACAUUUCACAACUUACGCUAAAUCCAAUUACUAUAAUAAGGAUUUCAGUCACGUUUACUAGAGCUACUGAUAGCACAUUAGAUAUUGAUGCUAAGUAAGAAAUUUAAUGAUGCAAUUCCCCUUUUAUUUUUAGUAUCCUAUUUUCAAAAUAAACACUAAGCAAGAAUGAUUUAAUGAUGUAGUAAGAGUUUGAAAAUUUUAAUUUUCAUAAAAUCAUAAAGAAAGGAUAGCAAACAAUUAAAGGGCAAUGCGCUUUAGUGAAUGUGAUUAGAUUCAUCUUUGAAACAUGAGAUGUAAUAUAUUACUGUGGUAGUAAUGGAUAACCAUUGGCGGACCAAGGAUGGUGGGAAAGGGGUGACUGCCCCGGGGGGGGGGACUUUUUUCAGGAAUAUAUAAAACAUUAAAUACAUUUCGUGUUUUGGGGGCACACUUUUGGGGGCUCGUCCCGGACCUCCUUUAUUUAAAGUACGCCACUGGUUGAAAAAAAAAGCUAGGGCUUCGCUAAUAGAUUAUAGUUCACUGCAGAUAGAUCUCCAUAGAAAGUUCAGGAUGCACGACAGAAUGGACGACGUACACGUGACCCCAUUCAACAAGUCCCGCAGCACAUUCAACCGUGUUCUACUCAAACAAGGCAGCUACUGUCUUUUACCUUCGACCUUUGACCCCGGAUAUGAGGGAAAAUACCUACUGCGAAUCUACAGCAAAGACGACUUUACUUUGAGGUGAGCAUAAACAUUAUUCAGAACUAUGCAGCGAUUAGUUCGCGAAAAUUCUUGUCCCGACCCAUGAACACUUAAAAUUGGUUCGGUUAAGUACAUAGAGUUAUAAUCUGUUGGCGAAAUGCGCACCGUGACCAGAAGAAAAAAAAAUGCCACAAACUGCAAGUAACUAACAUAAAAAAUUGUUAUGCAAACGUUAUUUAAAAUUUCUUGUAUGUUUAUUAAAAGCAGUGUUAUCUGCGCCCCUAAAUCUUGAAAACUUGAUCUCUGUCAGCCACGCUCAGAGUUGAAUUGCUGCUGAAUCUUGAUCUCUGUCAGCCACGCUCAGAGUUGAAUUGCUGCUGAAUCUUGAUCUCUGUCAGCCACGCUCAGAGUUUAUUUGCUGCUGAAUCUUGAUCUUGUUCAAGUUGACACCAAUAUUAACCCGUUCCAAUAACACCGGUAACACCAUCAUUAACCCCUUACAAAAACACCAGUAACACCAAUAUUAACCCCUUAAAACUACCACCACUAACAACCCAACGGUUUCCAAUAAAACAAGUAACACCAAUAUUAACCCCAUCCAGAAACACCAGUAACACCAAUAUUAACCCCAUCCAGAAACACCAGUAACACCAAUAUUAACCCCAUCCAGAAACACCAGUAACACCAAUAUUAACCCCUUAAAACUACCACCACUAAUAACCCAACCGGUUUCCAAUAACACCGGUAACACCAUUAUUAACCCCUUCCAAAAACACCAGUAACACAAUAUUAACCCAUUAAAACUACCACCACUAAUAACCCAACCGGUUUCCAAUAACACCGGUAACACCAUUAUUAACCCCUUCCAAAACACCAGUAACACCAAUAUUAACCCCUUAAAACUACCACCACUAACAACCGGUUCCAAAAGCACCAAUAACAACCCAACCGGUUCCAAUAGCACCAAUAACAAUGCAACCGGUUCCAAUAACACCAAUAACAACCCAACCGGUUGCAAUAACAUCAAUAACAAACCAACCGGUUCCAAUAACACCAAUAACAGCCUAACCUCUUGCAAUAACGAAAAAUCACACACAUUUCUGCACUUCUACCUGUAAAAUGGCCGGACGACCAAGGAUUACAUUUUUAGGCCGUAAUAAUUAUUACAACUGACUUAUCAGGCCAUCAUGUCAUUUAUGAGCUCAACAAAAGGUUAAAACCAAUUUUUAACAGCUAGCGUGUGUCGGAUUUUUAUAAACGAGGCUGAACGGAUACGGUUUUGUGCUAGUAAAUAUAACCAUUUGGAACGGAACGUUUCUUAAAAUCACCAUUCACCUUGUAUUAUGUUUCAGUGAGUUCUUCGUCUUAAACCACAGUAGAAUGGUUUUAAUUAUUUUUAUUUUUUUAAAAGCUGUAUUACUGUUAUCUGGUGUUUACUGUUAUCUGGCAUUUACUGUUAUCUGGUGUUUACUGUUAUCUGGUGUUUACUGUUAUCUGGUUUUUGUAGACAAUGUUGCCAGUCUGAGGAGUUGUUUCAUUUUCUUCAGAGAACUGACCAAAGAUGGGCCGAGCCCUCCGAGAUUUUUCAGAAAACCUAAACUAGCGGCAACUGCUGUGACCGUCCGCAAGUUGGAGGAUCUGACCAUCCCAGGUGCUGGCGAAGGUAAGUUUAUGCUGACCAUUUCAGAUGUUGGCAAGGGUACGUUUUAUAUUGGCUGUUCCAGGUGUUGUCAGUUGUAGGUUUAUUUUAAUACGUCAUCAAGGUGGAAGAUCCAUGAGAUGGUGCAUGAGAUGGUGCAUGAGAUGGUGCAUGAGAUGGUGCAUGAGAUGGUGCAUGAGAUGGUGCAUGAGAUGGUGCAUGAGAUGGUGCAUGAGAUGGUGCAUGAGAUGGUGCAUGAGAUGGUGCAUGAGAUGGGGCAUGAGAUGAUGCAUGAGAUGGGGCAUGAGAUGGUGCAUGAGAUGGUGCAUGAGAUGGUGCAUGAGAUGGUGCAUGGAUUUUUUUCAAACUCUCCACAUGUUCAGAUGUGCUAUUUUAUUUUAUUUUGUUGGGCAAUCUCGUAACUUUUUGUCCAUGGUCGAGACCGACCGAAAGUGAUUUUCUGAUUUCGGCCGAAGCCGAAAAUGAGCCGAAAGUUAAAAAUGAUUUUCGGCCGAAACCGAAGCCCAAGCCGAAACUGAAAAUGAAAUAUUUAGAUAUUUUGAAAUUCGUUCCCGCAUACAUUCUGCAUACAUCGAAAAAGAAGGGGGAAAGUAUAUAUAUUUACAUUCUUUUUAUAAAAAAUGAGAUAAUCGUGAAUAUUAAUAAAUAAACAUCUAAUCUAACAUCUUGAUUUUAAAGAUCGUUGAGUUUGUUCUUAAAGAUCGCUUAGUUUGUUGUUAAAGAUCGUUCAGUUUUUUGUUUAAGAUCGCUUUUUUGUUCUUAAAGAUCGUUUAUUUUGUUCAUAAAGAUCGCUAGUUUCUUGUUAAAAAUCGUUUAUUUUUGUUUUUAGCUUAGUUUGUUCUUAAAGAUCGCUUAGUUUUUGUAUAAAGAUCUUUUAGUUUGGUAUUAAAGAUCAUUUACCUUGUUAAAAAAAGAUCGCUAAUUUUUUUUUCUUAACGAUCGCUUAGUUUGUGUUAUUAAUAGAUCGUUUAGUUUGUUCAUAAAGAUCGCUAAGUUUGUUCUUAAAGAUCAUUGAUUUUGUUCUUAAAUAUCACUUAGUUGUUCUUAAAGAUCAUUCAGUUUGUUCUUAACGAACAUUUAGUUUGUUUGUAUAGAUCUUUUAGUUUGUUAUUAAAAAUCGUUAAGAUCGCUUAUUUUGUUGUCAAAGAUCACAUAGUUUUUUCAUAACGAUCGCUUAGUUUGUUCUUAAAGAUCUGUUAGUUUGUUCCUAAAAAACACUUAGUUUUCAGUUUUUGAUCGCUUAGUUUAUUCUUAUAAAUCAUUUAGUUUACUAUUAAAGAUCAUUUGUUUUGUUCUUAAAGAUCAUUUAGAUCGUUCUUAAAAAUCGCUUAGUUUGUUCUUUAAGAUCGUUUAGUUUUUUUUAAAUUAAAGAUCGCUUUUUUGUUUUAAAAUAUCACUUUAUUCGUUUUAAACAUCGUUUAGUUUGUUCUUAAAGACCGCUUAAUUUGUUCUUAAAGCUCGUUUAGUUUGUUCUUAAAUGUUGCUAAUUUUGUUGUUAAAUAUCGCUUUUGCUGAGAAUUAGAUGAUCGAAAACCUCAGUCACUUUCGGCCAGAUGGUUGAAAGUCUAAGUCAAUUUCGGCCAAAACCGAAAAAAACCGAAAGUUAACUUUUCUCUUUCGGCCAAAACCGAAAUUAAGCCGAAAGUUAACUUUCAGUUUCGGUCGAAACCGAAACUUGGCCGAGAGUUAUAAAAUGACCACUUUCGGUGCCGAACCCGAAGCCAAAACCGAAGCCGAAGCCGAAAUUCGGUCGGUCUCUAGUCCAUGGGGUCAGCUCGAUAUAGUUUGACAAGCAAAGUUAUUACACGUUUUAUACUUUAUGCUUACCGUUAAUAAAAUAAUUUUAAAAUGAUUUAAAUAACAAUGAUGCAAUGCAAAAGUCUGGAAUUAAACAAUAACCCUUAAUAAAUAGGGAAAAAUACAUAUCGAUUUUGUAAUAAAAUAAAUGACCAGUUAUCUUAUUAUCGAGUUGAAUUAUUACGACCCUUUAAAUUGAUUAAAUAUUGAAAUUUUUGGAUGGACAUUUUGAGAUGGUAAUUUUGAGAUUAACAUUUUGAGAUGAGCAUUUUGAGAUGGACAUUUUAAGAUGGACAUUAUGAGAUGGGCAUUUUGAGAUGGAAAUUAUGAGAUGGACAUUUUGAGAUGGACAUUUUGAGAUGCACAUUAUGAGAUGGACAUUUUGAUCUGUACAUUUUGAUCUGGACAUUUUGAGAAGAGCAUUUUUAGAUGGACAUUUUGAGAUGGACAUUAUAAGACGGACAUUUUGAAAUUACCAUUUUGAGAUGAGCAUUUUGAGAUGGCCAUUAUGAGAUGGACAUUUUGAGAUGGACAUUUUGAGAUGGACAUUUUCACAUGGACAUUUUGACAUGGACAUUUUGAGAAGAGCAUUUUUAGAUGGACAUUUUGAGAUGGACAUUAUAAGACGGACAUUUUGAAAUUAACAUUUUGAGAAGAGUAUUUUGAGAUGGACAUUAUGAGAUGGACAUUAUAAGAUGGACAUUUUGAGAUUAACAUUUUGAGAUGAGCAUUUUGAGAUGACAUUUUGAGAUGGACAUUUUGAGAUGGUUAUUUUGAAAUCAACAUUUUGAGAUGAGCAUUUUGAGAUUUACAUUUUGAGAUGGACAUUUUGAGAUGGGCAUUAUGCUAUGGACAUUUUUAGAUGGUAGUUUUUGAGAUGGACAUUAUAAGAUGGACUUUUUGAUCUGGACAUUUUGAGAUGGACAUUAUGAGAUGAACAUUUUGAUCUGGACAUUUUGAAAUGAACAUUUUGAUUACCGAAUGGAAGACAUCAAAGCAAUGUUUUAUGCCCAGAUCAAGAAGUUUACUACCUCAUCAAGUGUGAGAAGAAGCUGACGAGGUCAGGGUGCACAGUCAAGUCCAGUAAUCCGGAGUGGAAGGAACGAGUUACGCUGUACAGAGAACAUCCUGAUGAUGAUAUUGUUAUAGAGGUAAACUAACAUCAGGGGAAAAGACUCGAAGACUCGUCUUAUUGACACCAAUAAAUCUUUUACAUCUUUGAAUAUUUAUUUUUAUAACGAUAUUUAUAUUAUUUUUACCGACAUUUGUAUUAUUUACAUUGAUAUGUGGAAUCGAGAACCCCCCAAGAAGUAACGAAUUGAACUGAAGUAUUGGGUUGAGUUGAAGUGAAGUAUUGGGAUGAAUUGAAAUACUGGGUUCAGUUGAGCUAAAGUAAUAGGAUGAGUUGAACUGAAGCAUUGGGUUGAGUUGAACUGAAGCAUUGGCUAGAGUUGAACUGAAGUAUUGGGAUGAGUUUAACUGAAGCUUUGGGUUGAGUUGAACUGAAGUUUUGGGAUGCGUUGAACUGCAGCAUUGGGUUGAGUUGAACUGAAGGUUAACGUUUAGUUUAACUGAAGCAUUCGGUUUAGUUGAACUGAUGUUUUGGGGAAGUCUGGGGUACGCUUCCCUUGCAUCAGCACAUGCAUUUUAGGAAACACAAACACUAUUUUUUAAAUUAUUUUUCAAAUUCGAUUUAUUGAACUAUUUUCUUAGUUACUAUUGAUUGUAAUCCGAUUUAAGGCAUGGGUAAAACAUCGCCUGAAGGACGACCUGAUUGGAAGGACAACGUUAACACCGUCCACCGUCCAAGAAUAUUCGCAGGGAGAGAAAAUCUGGAGGUAAUAACGGGACUCAUCUUCUAGUACUCAUUUACUCUUCAGUUUUAUUCUAUACGUAUAAUAUUCAUCAUAAUUAUUUUUUGUGUGUAUAAAUGUUUCUUACUAAAGAAUAAACUAAUGCUAUCUGUACAUGAGUGCUCGUUUAACUCAGUGAAUAUUACAGUCAUGGGCGUUGGAAGAGGUGGGGGGGGGGGACAAAGGGGGCGGUCCGAAACGGGGGGGGGGGGCGCUUAUUUUAGGAUACACUUUUUGAUCAUGGCAUAUACUUUAGAUACUUUAUGCUUUAUGUGUAUUCUGAUAUUGAUACAACUUAUUCUGUGGGGGGGGGGGGGGGGGGAAGGGGGGCGGUCGGAAGGGGGGGUGGGGGGCGCUUAUUUUAGGAUACACUUUUUGAUCAUGUCAUAUACUUUAGAUACUUUAUGCUUUAUGUGUAUUCUGAUAUUGAUACAACUUAUUCUGAUUGUUUUGUGUUUUUCGUUAAAUGGAGGGCGGUGAAAUCAAGGACUGCCCAGGGGCGUCGACAACUCUAGUUAAGCGACUGCUCACAGUCUGGUCAAAGUGUAAAAGCGAAUUAACGAGUGAUGUCCAUAUGUGGAACCGUCAUCUUGGCGAUUCGUGCUUUAGUUUUACAAUUGUCGUCAACAGCAUAAAAUAAUUCUUUUGUUUUACCACCUGUAGGAGAGAGCUGAAUCUGACCAACAAAUCUGGCCAAGAGGAACGCCGGGGAUACAUUUGGGUCAAGGUCAAGCACACAACCAACUUCAUGGACGUUUAGACACAAGUGUUCAUGUCCAGUUACACACACACUUUUUGGACAUUCAGACACAAGUGAAGAUGCCAAGUUACACAACAAACUUCAUGGACAUUGAGACACAAGUGUUAAUGUCCAGUUGCACAACAAACUUCUUGGACAUUAGGACACACGUGAAGAUAUCGAAUUUUAAAAAUGAGCACAAAACAAUGAUGUAUAUCAUGGCAUUUAUAUAUUUUCAAGACACGCCUAUUGCUGCGUCAUUCUUAACAUAUUUCUUCAAUGAGUUGAUAAAGAGCUCUACGCGUAUGGGGUGAAAGGUCAAGAUUUCAAAUAGAGAUGCACGACGAUGAGACAAUCUAAAGAAUGUUUGUAUUAAAUGUAUUAAGAAACGUUUAGAGAUCUCCACCAUUGUGCGGAGAUGUGGUGAGACAUGUACAUAAAUUUCCAACAUCCUGUGUGGAAAAUUGAAAAGACAAAAAAAUUGUUAGUUGAUCCAUAGAAAAGACUUUCAGUUCAAAUAAAUCUAUUUCAGACAAUCCAAUUUUCUCCCAGCCGAUUUUCCUCGCAUUGACACUGCGCCCAUUGAGUACAUCACACCGUCUCUUAUUCUUCACAUAGCUAGACAUAUUGACAAUCCAUUUUUGUGACAUUAACAGACCACGACAUUCCAUCGCAUGCAACGAACAGAAUACGAGCAGAAAGGGACAAUCAAUUUUGUUGAAAUAACUUUGUGAUAACUGCUGUUUUUCACCUGCUCACUUGGGUCAUAUUGUACUUUAGCUGGCUGGCAUACACAAAAGGUUAAUAUGUUGAUUCACGAUUUGUAAAUAUUUAAUGAUACAAUGUCCAGGCCAUAUGUCAAAGCUAUGUAAAACUAUCUUUGAUGUUAAAUUAAUAUUUUUUUUUAUUCAUACUCUGGAGUACUUUGAUAAGUCGCAUUUUACCCUUGCAAUUGGAGUUGUGACGUAGUGACUAUGUGUGAAGGUUUUAUGCAACGAUCACAUAACACAACCGUUCUAACAUAUUAUAUGUAUAGCUUGGAUUCAUGUUAUAUAAAUGAACGACAUACAGAAACAAUAUUUAAAAAUGUCUUUACAGUUGACGGGCUCAAGGGAAAAACCGAUGAUGUCAGGUUUUGAGAGUUUUGAGAAAAUUGAAUUUAAAGUUUGAAAAUUCUUCAUAAAAGUAUGAAAAUAUCAAGAUGUCUACGUAUUUAUGUAUUGACUACGCUGCUUUUUCAGUUGGACCUAUGUAUCAUAUUAUUCUAUUAAAUGGCAUUUAGCCACAAGGGAGAUAACAUAGAAAUGUUGAAAAACUGACAUCACUGGUUUUUCCCUUGAACCCUUCAGUUGUAUUUACGCAAAUGUGAUCUCCGUAAUCUUGAUUGACUUUUUUUACAAUAAUUUACUUUAAGUGUACUUGCGUCUUAUUAGUAUUUUUUGAAAAUAAUCAGUUCAUAUUCAUUGACGUGUCUCUACGAUUAUAAUAAAAUGUAUCACUUACCAAAAGUGACACUCUCCGAGAAACAUU